AUGGCAGGUGGAACCGAAGCCUUCCCGGAUUUGGGAUCACACUGCCAUCACGUUGAUUGCAAUCAACUCGAUUUCCUCCCUUUCACAUGCGACGCUUGCUCUCAGGUUUCCCUUCUUUUGAAUCUCCAUUCCUUCAAUUCUCCCUAUCCUCACAUCUUUCUCCCAUUUACAUUGCAGGUUUUCUGCUUGGAACACAGAUCUUACAAGUCCCACGACUGCCCCAAAUCAGACCAUAACAGCAGGAAGGUUGUGAUUUGCCCAUCAUGUUCCAUGUCAAUGGAGACCACCGGUUAUAAUGAACACGACGAGAAGGCUAUAUUGGAGAAGCAUGACAAAUCUGGAAUGUGUGACCCCGGCAAGAAGAAAAAGCCCACUUGUCCUGUUGGGAGAUGCAAGGAGGUCUUGACAUUUUCUAAUACCUGUAUUUGUAAAACUUGCCAGCUCAAGGUGUGCCUCAAGCAUCGGUUUCCUGCGGACCACGCAUGUAAAGGAGUAACAUCCGCUUCAUUGUCAUCACCUGAAGCUACUGCAAAUUGGGGAUGGAAGGAUCGAUUCUUGGCUGCUUUGACUUGGAUGAAGGGACAACAGUGCUCCAAAAGCAGGGGUCAAAGCACCUCUUCUCGUGCUCCAUCUGUUAAAAUCUGCUGAGGACAGGUGCUUUUAUUGAAAGAUCGAUGUCAAGAAAAAGGCUACCCACAAAGGGUUUUGACCGACAUAAGGUUGAGUGAAGUGCUGUGAAGUAAAGCUGUUGGGGAUGUCAGCUUUUGACGGGGUGGUAUUGUCACGAGUCUCGCAUCAAAAAGCCUUACAAGUGGUGCGGAGUUUAUAUGUUCAAGGAGCUCUCCCUCCCAAUAGAUUAGUCUUUUAAGAUGGACU